AUACACAUGUGUGUAUAUAUGUAUGUAUAUAUAGAUGAAUGUAAAUAAUGGUGUUUUGGGCCGUCAUUUUUUCGCUAGCGAUAUUUCUGCGCUUCACUGCCAUACAAGCAAAGCCAGAGUCGCAGGGCUACUGUGCACCCUACAGCGGCAAGAUCUGCAAGAAAUAUCUCACUGGAAUAGGGAAAGUCUGGUUUAAUGAUUCCAAUGAUAAUCCUGGAGGAUGGCUAAACGAGAAGAUUACAUCGAAUCUCUGGGAGGAACUGAUAGAGACACUUCUGGAGCCAUGUCGUUCAGCAGCAGAAAAAAUGCUCUGCAUGUAUGCGUUUCCGCUGUGCCACGAAUCGAUAGGCCUACCAUUAUGCUACGAGGAUUGCAUGGCAGUACGACAGCAAUUCUGUUUCAACGACUGGGCAAUCAUCGAAGACAACAAACAGAGGGAUAUAUACAUUCGUUCACGCGGCCACUUUGUAUUGCCAGAAUGCGAAAGUCUGCCCAAAGUGAACAAGGACGUCCCUACCUGCUCCCACGUUCAUCUCACCGACAUGGACGAAGAAGUUGUUACCUAUGAUUGCAUCAGAGGCAAUGGUAGAUUCUACAUGGGAAAGGUCAACAAGACGAAAUACGGAUUAGACUGCCAAUCGUGGAGCGUGCAGGUGCCGCACAGUCACGAUAAGCCGCCCGAUGUUUUCCCGCAGAUUCGAUACAGUGAGAAUUAUUGCAGAAACGCCGGCGGCGACGAACCAGUGCCGUGGUGCUUCACCACUGAUCCUUCGAUACGCUGGCAGCAUUGCGAUAUUCCUGUAUGUGAUAACGUUACAACUAAAGUGGAGAUUGAAUCCAAAGACAUAAUGAUGGAUGCUCUAUUUAGUAACACACUGGUGCUUAUACUAUCAGCAUUGGGUUUUGUAAUUGUAGCCAGUGCAUUACUAUCUAUUAUCCUGAGCCAAAGACUGCACAAGCGUCAUCGAGGCUACAAUCCGACUGAAAAUCAGGACGUAAACAUAGAUUUGGAUAAACUGCCGAACAACGAGGCGUAUCACAAGACGAGCGCGCAGCUGAACCCGAAGUUGGAGAAACUGGAGUUUCCCCGGAACAACAUCAUUUACGUGCGGGACCUGGGUCAGGGCGCGUUCGGUCGCGUGUUCCAGGCGAAAGCGCCGGGGUUAAUCGCGGGUGAGGAAUUCACGAACGUCGCUGUGAAGAUGCUGAAGGAGGAGGCGUCGGAUGAUCUGCUGCGGGACUUUGAGCGAGAGGCGUGUCUCCUCGCCGAGUUCGAUCACCCGAACAUCGUGAAGCUCCUGGGCGUCUGCGCCCUGGGUCGGCCGAUGUGCCUGUUGUUCGAGUAUAUGGGCCGGGGCGAUCUGAACGAGUUCCUGCGCUCCUGCUCGCCCAGCAAUUACGUCAUUCGGGUGCCAAGCGCGGACGACAACGGCCCCGCGGGGGUCGAGCCCUCGCGGCUCUCGCACAUGGACCUCAUCAACAUCGCCCUGCAAGUAGCAUCCGGUAUGGUGUACCUGUCCGACCGGAAAUUUGUCCAUCGCGACCUGGCGACGCGCAACUGCCUGAUCAACGAUCAGAUGAUUGUCAAGAUCGCAGACUUCGGUUUGUCACAGAAGAUUUACCUGCAGGAUUAUUAUAAAGGGGACGAGCAAGACGCCAUCCCAGUGAGAUGGAUGCCUCUGGAGAGUAUACUUUACAACAAGUACACCGUCGAGUCGGACGUGUGGGCGUUCGCCGUGUGUCUGUGGGAGAUCUUCAGCUUCGCGCUGCAACCGUAUUACGGGAUGACCCACGAGGAGGUGGUCAAGUACAUCAAGGAGGGCAACGUGCUGCGAUGCCCGGACAAUACGCCGCAAUCGAUUUACGAUCUGAUGAAACUCUGCUGGAACAGGCGACCGUCCGACCGGCCCACGUUUCGCACCAUUUAUCAGACUCUCGACGGCAUCAGGCAGGAAUUGGAGGCCGAGUGCAAAUCCGACAGCGUCCCGCUACGCAUUCGAGUGUGAAUUUAAUAAUGACGUUGGAUUCACCUCGAUAUCGGAGAUCAUCCGCUUAUCAGUCGCGAGAAGUCGGAAAAGGACCAAUGUAUAAAAUAAAAACGCGACGUUGCGUUGAAACUUCUCUUCGUCUUCUAAAUUGUGGAUGUUUGUCCCUGGUUCAGGAGGACGGGGGACAUAUAGUAUUGCUCUUUUACACUUUCCACUUGGCACGAUAUCCGAAAGAAAAGUUCCAUCUUUCGAAUAACGUGCUAACUCAAAGAAGAUUGACGCUCGUUUCUAAUCACUGUUCAAUUAGCUUCCGAUUAUCCAAUUAGAGCUGCCAUUUUUCCGAUUUUCUCGAAAUCGGAAAUUCCGGAGAUUUAGCUUUUCUUUAUCUCCGGUUCGUAUAGUAAAAUAUAAAUAUAAAUAUAUAUAUAUAUAAUAUAUGGAUUCUCGUG